CGCUUUUGGAGUGUGAUUGGUUGACCGGUUGCUAUGGUGCUUGGUUAGGGUAGCCGGAGCGUCUGGAAAUGCGAUAGCCGAGGGAUUGCAAACCUGUUCUCAACAUAUUGUCCAGAGUGAGUGGAAAUGGCUGCCAAGACCUCUGCCUAUAAAAAGACAUCUUUGAGUACAACAGUACAAAGGAAGAAACCUGGACCAAAACCAGAAAUCACUGAAGAACAAAAACAGGAAAUACGAGAAGCAUUUGACCUAUUUGACACAGACGGCGCUGGAUCUAUUGAUGCCAAAGAAUUAAAGGUUGCAAUGAGAGCUUUGGGAUUUGAACCCAAGAAAGAAGAAAUAAAGAAAAUGAUUGCAGAAAUUGAUAAGGAAGGCACUGGGAAAAUAGACUUUAAUGAAUUUUUGGCAGUCAUCACACACAAAAUGGCUGAGAAAGAUACAAAGGAGGAAAUUUUGAAAGCCUUUAGACUGUUUGAUGAUGAUGAAACUGGGCGAAUCUCAUUCAAAAAUCUGAAACGUGUAGCAAAAGAACUUGGAGAAAAUCUCACGGACGAAGAAUUGCAGGAAAUGAUUGAUGAAGCAGAUCGAGACGGAGAUGGGGAAGUCAAUGAACAAGAGUUCCUUCGAAUCAUGAAGAAGACCAGUUUAUAUUAAUAUAUUGUUUAUCGCAUGUUGCUUGUGUUUCUUUCUUUUGCUCUGAUGCCUGCUUACUGAACAAUAGGGCUGAAAAUGUGUUGCUGGAAAAGCGCAG